AUGGCCACUGAAGCGCCACACCUCAUCCAAAGCUCUGCUCUCCCACCAGCGCAGCCAGCCUACGUCCUCAGAGGCCAUACCGCGCAAAUUCAUUCGGUGCACUUCUUGAGAAACAACCUUCGACUACUCUCUGGAGAUGCUGAAGGGUGGGUGGCCCUGUGGGACGUUCCCAUCAGGCGCCCUGUCGCCGUCUGGAAGGCGCACCAGGAUGUCAACUUGGGGGUAGGAAGUUGGGGCGACGAUAAGAUCAUUACGCACGGAAGGGAUAGUAAACUGCAUGUCUGGCAACUGAGGCCAGAAGACGAAAAGGACUUCUCGACAGUGCUGCCAGUCAACGACUCGACUACGGAGCGCAAGCAGCCAUGGCUUCUGCACAGCUUGACGCUGAAUACGUUGAACUUCUGCUCGUUUGCUAUGUGCCCAGCACAUCCAAGCAAGACUGCUAUGGGUAGUGGCGAAGCCCAGGAGGAAAGCAUACUGGUAGCAACGCCUGGAGUACAGGACGGCUUCAUCAACAUCACCUCCCUCCCCGGCGAAGUGAGAGUCGCGACCAUCCCUACCCUCAAGGACGUCAAUACCGGCAUGCUUAUGGCAGUCAGCAUCCUCCACCAAGCGGGGGGUUUGACGGCCAUCGCGGGCUACGAGAGCGGGCACGCAGCGGUCUGGCAGCAGAACGCCACUUCACACUGGCAGACAGUAUACGUCAACAAAGCUCAUUCUCAACCGGUACUUUCACUCGAUAUUUGCACGCAGCCGAGCUGUUUCUUCACCUCUUCAGCGGACGCAGUCAUUGCUCGCCACCCUCUGCCCGGCAGCAAGGUUGAGACGAAAUACGUGCAGACGAAGCAUGCUGGCCAGCAAGCUCUUGCUUUUCGUUCAGACCAGAAAAUCUUCGCUACGGCUGGUUGGGAUGGCAGGGCUCGAGUGUACAGUACUCAGAGCAUGAAGCAGUUGGCUGUGCUGAAGUGGCAUAAAGAAGGCUGCUAUGCGCUUGCUUUCGCAGAAAUCAAGGAGGACCACCAACAGACGAACGGUAGCGACGAAGAAGGCGACGCAAUGGUCAAACGCGAUCUCACAGUCUCGCAACAACGCAUGGAAAAAGCAAAGACAACACACUGGCUCGCUGCAGGAAGCAAGGAUGGCAAGAUCUCGUUGUGGGAUAUUUACUGA